AUGGCGGCGCUCAACAACUUUGGAGACGUUGACGGAGAUGCUGAGGUCGGCCAAGAACUAUGCGGCCUUGAGCCGUUGCAGCGGUCAUCGUGGAGACAGCGCAUCGAGUCCGUCAACAAGUGGAAGCUUAUUCUUCUGGCUCUGUUCGUCCUCCUUUUAGGUCGGGUCGCCUUCGACGAAUUCCUGCACCCGCGAUGCCCAGUGGACGUCCAGCGACCGACCGACUUCUCCGGCUGGAUCUGCGCCCCGAACGGCGCUAUCCCCGAGGUCACCCGCGAGCGCUGGUGCUCCUUCGACGGCCUGUCGUUCCACUGGUUCCCCAAAGAGCGCCUCGAGGACGAGGAAAACCGCGCGCUCCUCCGGGAGUUCGAGAAUGACGGGCCCUGA